UCGCAGAUUACGCUCAGCGUACAAAAUCCGAUUUAAUUACUCAAUAAAGCAUUUCUCAAUUCCACAGCAGUGCUCAUAUUUCAACGCAUAUAACAAUGAAUGAAUAGACGCUGAACUGUUUAUUAGUUACGCUGAAACCGUUCGGAGUGUUUAAAAAAUAUAUUUGAGUUCCGAAAAAUCGUUAAGCGUAAAAUGUCGUUAGUUUUGGAAAAUAUAUUUCACGAACGCGAUCCUGUGGCCGAGCAAUUGCCGCUUCUCGGUUCACCUAUACCCAUCAUCGCGCUUACGUUGGCCUACCUCGCCAUCGUGCUGGUCAUCGGACCGGCUUUCAUGCGCAACCGUAAGCCGUAUAAUUUGAAAAAAGUGAUUUUGGUGUACAAUUUCCUGCAAGUAAUCGCCAAUUGCUGGCUGAGCUAUAGUUUCAUCGUCUCAUUCUAUGCGCAUCGCGCGGAAGUGCCCGAUUUCGGUUGUCUUUCGAAGUACGCACACUCGCCGACGCUGCAAAAGCUCAACAUUAACGGACUCUACGCCUUCUACCUGUUCAAAGUGAUCGACUAUGUGGAGACGGUCUUCUUCGUGCUGCGCAAAAGUUUCAAGCAGGUGUCAUUCCUGCAUGUUUACCAUCACAUCAUGAUGAGCACGUUCGUCUACUAUCUGGGCUCGUAUUAUGGCGGCGCGGGUCAAUACGCCAGUGUCGUCAUUCUGAAUUGUGCGGUGCAUGGCUUCAUGUAUACAUAUUACUUUGUGUCGGCUCUGCGUCCGAAUAUGAAAAUGGGUUUGUGGUGGAAGAAGUACAUAACAAGAUUACAGUUAACGCACUUCGUACUGGUACUCCUACAUCACUCCUAUCCGUUGAUCUUCCGGCCGCAGUGUGACUUUCCCAAAGGUUUGCUGUGGUUUGCUGUCUGUCAGUCCAUCAUAAUGUUGUGGCUGUUUGGCAAUUUCUAUGUGCGCACAUAUUUACGGAAGAGCAACAAAGUGAGCGUAUCUGAUGCCAAAGAUAAAACGGUUAAAACUGAAUAGUAUAACGAAUUCUAUCUAUAAAAAAUGGAUCGAAUAUAUAAAAAAGAGCAAUUCAGUUAAAAGUGUUAAUUUAUUUCAAUCUAUGAAGGUUCCAAAAAGUAUUCCUAAUAUAAUCUUCAGUGUUGACUGCCUUCGGAUAAGCCUUUCUAUUGCAAAAAAUACAUGUCUAAGUGUCGUUCUUU